CCGUCACUGGCCAGGUCGUGACGUGUAUUUUUAAAUAUUCGUGUUGUGAAAAAUAUUAUAAACAAUUAAUUAACACUACUAUUGCAAAUGUUAAUUGAAUUUGAAAACUGAAAAAUAAUAAAAUUCAUUACCAAGUGAAAAAAAAAUUUUAAAAAUCUAUUUUAUUUUUUUUUUAAAUUAAACAAACAACAAGUUAAAUUGUUAUUAAAAAAAAAAAAAGCUAUAUUAUAAACAAGUAAUAUAACUUGAAAAUUACACAUAUAUAUUUUUUUUUUAUAAUUAUUAAUUAAAAAGGAAAAUUUUAAAUUCAAAGUGAAAAUAUUUUUUUAUUUAUUUUUUGUGCAGUUUAAUAUAUUUUUUUUUUCUUUAAAUUUUUCAUGUUUUUUAUUUACAUGAGAUUGAUAAGGUUGUUUUAUACCCUCUACGUGUUUAUAAUAUAUUUUUGAUAAGUGUAUGUAUACAAAAUUUGAUAAUCGCGCCAAUGCGCAUGAGUCAUUUUAAUUUGUACGCAAUAUCUGCGCAAUGUUUUAGUGGCAAAAUAGUGGUAAAAUUAAAUUAAAAAAAAAAAAAAAUUAUUGUUUAUAUAAAUUGAAUAGAAUUACAACAAUAAAGUGUAUAUAAAUUUUUUUUUUUUCAUCAAUAUUGUUAAUUAAUAUGACGUUGAAAUUGACAAGUACGUCAAUAUUUUUCUUGAUUAUUUUUUUGAAUAAAGUUUAUCAGAAUGAUACAGUGACAUCAAUGGAUAAUAAUGUGAAGUAAUUUUUUUUUCAUACUUCCAAAGUUAAAUGGAGUAAAAAAAAAAAUAUUAUUAAACUGAUGGGUUGUAUCGAAAAAAGUCAAUAAUUUAUUCAUUCAUGUGCAAUGAUAAGUGUUGUUUUUGAUUCAUUGGUUACUGCUCUCAAAAAAACUAAUAAAUUUUACUAUUUAAAAAUAAAAAAAAAUACCAGUGCAUGAAUAAAAUUGACAAAAUAAAAAUAAAUAAAUUAAUAAAAACAUGAAUUUAAAAAAAAAAUGAAAUUUUUAGUUGAAUAUACUAUUGAACAAAUCCCGUGAGAUACAAAAAUCAACGUCCAUCAAUUAAACCGAUUGAAUGAAUUCAAACAAAUCGUAAUUUUUUUAUUUUCAUUUCAACUAAAAAGAAUUUAAAAAAUGAAAAUUUUUUCUAUAUAUUUGUGAAUUUUCAUGCCGAAUCUGUAGAUUAAUUUUAUUUUUUAAUGGAGUUUUUUAAAAUUUCUAUUAAUGCUCUUACUAGUUCAGUAGAAAUGAAUCAAUAUAAUAUUUAACAAAAAAAUUUUCAAGUAUUAAUUUUUAAUGGAUUUCCUAUUGAGUUAAAAAUACCUUGUUUAUUCUCAAUGUACUAAAAACUCAGCAUUUUCAUUGUAAAAAAAAAUAUCAACUAUAGAAUGCUAGAUUUUUUCAAUGUAAAAAAAAAAAAAAAAAAAAAAACUACAAGAGGUUUUUACCCUUGCAAUUAGUGUUUGAUUUUCAUCGUGCAUAACAAUGAAAAACUGAGUUGACAAUCAGAGGGUUGUGUUGAAAGUGCAAGUGAAUAAAGAAGAGAAUAAAUUUAAAAUAUAAUCCUUUUAACGUCAUAUACACAUUCGAAAAUGUAUUGACAAGUGAAUAAGUGUAUUUAACAAUAGUUGAAAUCGAAAAAUAAUAUCAAAAUGUGGUUCCAUGUGUUAAUACUAAUUUAUACAUUUGGACUUGUUGGAGUAUAUUCAGAUGUUGAAAUGGAACUAUCAGAUUUGGAUAAACCUAUACCUAUUGUUAAUGUGUAUGGUGUGGUUGGACAUCAAGUCAAGCUGCCUUGUAAUAUCCAAUCAAGAAAGGGCGAUAAAGUCGACAUGGUGAUGUGGUUCAAGGGCGAAGGCACAGCUCCAAUUUAUAGGUUCGAUGUUCGUGGAAGCCGGCAGUUCAGCAGUGCCAGACUAUGGUCAGCAAAAGAGGUAUUGGGUGGUAGAGCAUACUUCAUGGCCACCUCUACUCCAGCACACCUAAGUAUCGAUCGUCUUGAAUACACUGACCAAGGUAUAUACCGUUGUCGUGUUGACUUUAAUGAUUCACCUACUGAACACCAGAACGUUAACCUCAUUGUCAUAGUUAUGCCAGAAAAACCAGUGAUACAUAAGGAAUCAUUACGUAAUGCAACACAAAUAAAAGAAACAUACAAUGAGGGUAGUGAUGUACAUUUGACAUGUGAAUCACGUGGAGGUGUACCACCACCAAGAUUGAUAUGGUAUCUUGACAACACAGUUAUUGAUGAAUCAUUUCAUUACAACAGUAAUACUGCAAUGACUGUUAAUCAUCUGAGUUAUCCAAAAAUUGGAAGACAACAUCUUGGUGCUAGACUUGUUUGUCAAGCAAACAACACAAAUCUAGUACCACCUCAAACAAAUCUUGUUGUUCUUGAUAUUAAUCUUAAACCAUUGAUGGUGAAAAUUCUUACGAAGGAAUUAAAGGUAUCUUCUGAUAAAAAAUACGCUGUUGAAUGUAGCUCAAUGGGAUCAAGACCAGCAGCUGUUAUCACAUGGUGGAAAGACAACAAACAAAUAACCCAAGUUGUACAAAAUUAUCCACCAGAGGAUAAUCAUAGUAUCAGCAUUUUAGAAUUUAUACCUGGUAUUGAGGACGAUGGUAAAUAUCUAACUUGUCGUGCUGAAAAUCCAUCAAUAUCAGACAGUGUACUUGAGGAUAAAUGGCGUCUUGAUGUACAGUAUCAACCAAUUGUAAGCCUUCAAAUUGGCUCAAAUUUAAAUCCAGAAGAUAUUAAAGAGGGUGUUGAUGUUUAUUUUGAAUGUACUGUACAAGCAAAUCCAAAAGCAUAUAAACUUGCAUGGUACAAAGACGAUAAAGAACUUAAAAACAAUGCAACAUCCGGCAUUGUUUUGAGUGAUCAUUCUUUGGUACUUCAACGUCUGACUCGUGCUUCCGCCGGUGAAUACAAGUGUCUUGCUGCAAAUAGUGAAGGAAAAACUGCUAGUAACACUGUCAAGCUUCAAGUUAUGUAUACACCAGUUUGUAAAGAGGGAAAAAAUGAAGUUGUUGUUGGUGCAUUGAAGCAGGAAACAAUAUCACUAAUAUGUGCAACAGAAAGUCAUCCAGAACCAUUAACGUAUCAGUGGACAUUUAACAAUUCUGGUGAACUUGUUGAAGUACAACAACAAUCACGAUUUACUCAUUUAUCUGGUAUACCAAAUGGUCCAAAUAGCAUAGCAGAAAGCUUAAAAGAAUACCAACAAUUUCAUGGAUCAAGACUAAACUACACACCGGCAACGGAAAUGGAUUACGGAACAGUAGCAUGCCGGGCAACGAACCAGGUUGGCAAGCAACUAACGCCCUGCCUUUUUCAGGUCAUAGCAGCUGGAAGACCAUAUCCAUUGCAUAAUUGUACUGUUACGGAAAUGUCAAAUAUCAUUGAUUCAGAGAAUAAUGUUGGAAAGUUUGGUGCUGGUUUAACUGUACAUUGUUUGGAGGGUUACGAUGGUGGUUUACCAAUACAAAGUUAUCAUUUAACACCAUUUGAAGAACCAGGUGAUGAUCGUAAACCCAACAUAACAGUGACAGCUGGCCUUGGUAAUGGUCCGACUUUUGAAGUUACAAGUUUAAAAGCCGGCAGAAAUUAUCGAUUGUAUCUUUAUGCUGUCAAUAGCAAGGGAUGGAGUGAUCCAACUAUUCUUGAACCAGUUACCCUAAAAGGUGUUGCAAUGUAUACUGGUAAUACCAAUGUAUCUGCAUUGAGUCCGUUGUUGUUGGGUUUGGCAACAACAGCAACACUGCUUUCACUUGCUGUUGCUGGUAUUUUAGCUGCAUUGUACAGGAAACACUCGGAUGGUAGAACAGGAAGUCCAAAACAUGCUCCAAUCGUCUGUGAACCACCAAAUGCAGGCACAACAACACCAGUACAUUCACAAACUAAGCAAGCAGUUGAUGAUAUUGAUCCAGAUAUUAUACCAAAUGAAUACGAACGACGACCAUUGACUUAUACAACAAUUUAUAAAACACAACCACAAAUUAAGAGGAAAGAAUGUGAUAUGGAUGAUGAUGAUUGUGAUGAUGGUGAUACAGCGUCAAUGGAAAAAAAACCAAUUGUUGAAUCAACAUUGAAUAUACAUAUGGAAAAUGAAGGAAGAACAAUUGACUCAAUUUUAUUACCAACUUUGAAUUAUCAACAUAAUCAUCAUAUAACACAGCCACCGACAAUGGCUGACUUUAAACAAAUGGCUAUGGAUGCCUACAAUCAACGAAAUCAUCAAAAUGUAUAUUACAGUCUUCAAAGAUCAGGCAAGGGUCUUGCAUCAAUAUCACAAAGGCCAGUAUCUUCAUCAAUAUCAGCACACGGUAAAUUUCAUCAGCCAGAAGUAGUAACACGCUCAAAUAGAAUACAAGAAAGUUGUAUAUGAAGAAUAAAUAUACAGGCAUAUAUAAAUUUUGUGAUGAAGAUUAAUACAAUCUUCCCUUAAAAAAAAAAAGAAUUUAUACAAAUUAUCAACCCUAAAAUUUUACUUGUCAUUUGUCUAAGUUAAUAACGUUUUUAUGCGUUAACAGUUUCACAAUUACUGUGCGCUUAUAUGACCAAGAAAUAUGUUUCGCGGACCAUUGAGUAGGCGAAAAAUAAAUAAAAAAAAAAUAUAAUACACAAACAAACAAACAAUGUGAAGUAGAAAGAAAUAAAAUUGAGAAAAAUAAAUACCUACAAGGGCGUAUGCAAUGAGCUGUAAAUCGACUGGGGUUCAAUGAACGUAAAUCGAAUUUACGUCUGACUCAAAAGAAAAAAAAAAACAUACAUAAAACGAAACAAAAUGAGAACUGUUCAUUGUACAAACUAACACUUGACUAACGUAAUUAUCUUUUUUUUUUUUUUAUCCUGUUAUUUCAACUCUGCAUACAUGCAAAAAAAAAGAGAAAUUGAAGCUGUAGUUUUUAAAAUUGAUAAUAACUGGAGAAUGUUUGUUUUUUAUUAAAUUAUCUAUUUUAAAAUUUAUUUAUUUUAUUUUUUAAUAAUAAGGAUAGAACAGUAGGGUUUACUUGGAGAUUGAAAGUGAUGAGAUUGCACAACCCGAGGCAUCAAGCUAGAGAAAAAAUAGAUAAAUGAGAUCAACUAUAGGUAAAAAAAUAAAAGAAGAAUAUUGGUCACUCUGACAAUAGAAAAGCUUGGCUAGCCUCUGGUUAUUUUUUGAGGAUAAAAAUAAAUAAAAUACAGACAUAGAUUGUCAGUGUGUGAUAAAAUCGAUUGAGAGACAGGUACUUUGUGGCAGACAUUCAAACGAUACACACACAUACAAAAAACACUGUGUUGAACUUUUUCGAUUGUUACGGUCCAGCAAGUGUUACAGUAUUUUAACUGGUCACAUCAAAAUUUGAUAUAUAACGUAUUAUCUGUUUUCAUUAUUUUUUAAAAAAUACGAAUUCAUCUAUAACACGUUUAGACAUAAAAAUGUCUAUGCCAAAAUAGUUUUUGUACAAAAUAUAUAGCUAGAUUUAAAAAAAAAAAAAAACAAAUAUAUAUAUACAAGUAAAAUGAAAACGAAAAAUAAUUAUUAUUCAUUUUUUUUUUAAAUGAUAAAUUAAAAUAUAUUAUAUAUAAAAAAAAAAACAAGUGUAAAUAAAAUAUAAAAUACAAAAUUUAGUGAUAGAUAAAUGAGAAAAAAAAUAUAUAUAUAUUAUGUCCGAAUUUAAUUAGCGUAUUGAAAAAAAAAAAAAAAUGAUAAUAUGCUGAGAGAUAAAUUCAAUUACGAAUGAAAGACUUGUGUAACAUACUAAUAUAAAAAUAAAAGAGAUUUAACUCUUGUCUGUUUUA